AUUCUCUCUGUGUCCCGCCCACCUCGUGAGGGAAGAAGGUGACACCUGACGUCACUUCCUCUCCCCGGACCCACCGGUUGAUUCCAUGCUGCAGUCCCGGAAGUCUUUCACUCUUUCUCCGUCAGGUUCACCCUGGAUUGUGCAUCUGUCUUCGUCCCUAUUCUGAAAAUAUUUUUCUUCAUAAAAGCAGUCUGCCCUGUUAUUUGGAAAUGUGUUUGAGUGAAAGAAUCGAGCAUUGGCUUUUAUUGAAGCAAACUUAUCUAUGGAGUAUGCUAUGUUGAACCACUGGCUGAAUCUGCAGUGUUUUAAAAGCUUUGCCUGCCAUCCUACAGUCUGAAUUGGGAUGUUUGAAGUUAUCCUGAAAUAUGUUUGCACUUGUAAAAAGGGUUGUACAUCUUCAUGUCCGACUUAAGAAAUCAUAUCAUGGAGGCAUUUUUUCAUAUCUUUCCCUCGGAAUGGAAGAACUCCCUCCCCAUCGCACUGUGUCCCUCAGACAGUACCACUCUGGCAGUGGCAAGGAUAUGGUGGAUAUGUCAAUGUUUCCUGUUGAGAAUAUUAGAAAUUUCAGCAUAAUAGCUCAUGUAGACCAUGGCAAAAGUACUCUAGCAGAUAGACUGCUGGAGAUAACAGGAACAAUAGCUAAAACUGACCACAACAAACAGGUGCUGGAUAAAUUGCAAGUAGAGCGUGAAAGAGGAAUCACCGUAAAAGCCCAGACUGCCUCUCUCAUUUAUAAUCACGAAGGAACAAAUUACCUCUUAAAUCUCAUUGAUACACCUGGCCAUGUAGAUUUCAACUAUGAAGUAUCACGGUCUUUGUCGGCUUGUCAAGGUGUCUUGCUUGUAGUGGAUGCAAAUGAGGGUAUUCAAGCUCAGACGGUAGCAAAUUUUUAUCUUGCCUUUGAAGCACAACUCUCAAUAAUUCCUGUCAUAAAUAAGAUUGAUCUAAAGAAUGCAGAUCCUGAGAGGGUGGAAAAUCAAAUUGAAAUGGUGUUCGAUAUUCCCAAAAGAGAUUGUAUCAGGAUUUCUGCUAAAUUGGGAACAAAUGUUGAAAGGAUACUUCAAGAAGUGAUUGAAAGGAUUCCUCCUCCCCCGGUUAGCACUGAGGAUCCAUUGAAGGCUUUGGUGUUUGACUCCACCUUUGAUCAGUACAGAGGUGUGAUUGCAAACAUAGCACUCUAUGGUGGUGAAAUUCGCAAAGGUCAAAGGAUAACAUCAGCUCACACAAAAAAGAUUUAUGAAGUGAAUGAAAUAGGAAUUCUGACGCCCAAUGAGCAGCCAACACAUAAGUUAUAUGCUGGUCAGGUUGGCUAUCUGAUUGCUGGAAUGAAAGAGAUUACAGAAGCCCAAAUAGGAGAUACAAUUUAUUUACAUAACCAACCAGUGGAUCCAUUUCCUGGGUUUAAAUCAGCAAAACCGAUGGUAUUUGCAGGAAUGUACCCAGUAGAUCAGUCAGAAUAUAACAACCUGAAAAGUGCUGUGGAAAAAUUGACACUUAAUGACUCAAGUGUUACUGUUCAUCGUGAUAGUAGCCUUGCCUUGGGAGCUGGAUGGAGGUUGGGUUUCCUUGGUCUUUUGCAUAUGGAAGUUUUUAAUCAGCGUUUGGAGCAAGAAUACAAUGCAUCUGUCAUUUUAACCUCUCCUACAGUUCCCUAUAAGGCAGUUCUUUCUUCAGCAAAAUUGAUCAAGGAACAUAAGACAAAGCAGAUCACCAUCAUAAAUCCUGCUGAGUUUCCUGAUAAAUCAACAGUGGUAGAAUAUUUGGAACCUACUGUUUUGGGCACUAUCAUAACACCCGAUGAACAUAUUGGGAAAAUAAUAUCUCUGUGCCAGACUCGAAGGGCUGUUCAGAAGGACCUACUUUACAUUGAUGACCACAGAGUCAUGAUGAAGUAUCUCUUUCCACUGAAUGAAAUUGUAGUAGAUUUCUAUGAUGCUCUGAAAUCCUUAUCUUCUGGAUAUGCCAGUUUUGAUUAUGAAGAUGCAGGAUACCAGACUGCAGAUCUUGUCAAAAUGGACAUUCUUUUAAAUGGGAAUCCUGUAGAAGAACUGGGAACUAUUGUACAUAAAGAGAAAGCAUAUCCAGUUGCUAAAUCUAUGUGUGAACGUUUAAAAGAUGUUAUCCCAAGACAACUGUUUGAAAUAGCUAUUCAGGCAGCGAUUGGAAGCAAAAUAAUUGCAAGAGAAACGGUGAAAGCUUACAGAAAAAAUGUCCUAGCAAAAUGUUAUGGAGGAGAUAUUUCAAGGAAAAUGAAACUUUUGAAGAGGCAAGCAGAAGGAAAGAAGAAGCUGAGGAAAAUUGGGAAUAUCGAAGUGCCAAAGGAUGCAUUCAUCAGUGUUCUGAAGAGACAGCCUGACAAGUAAUUCUAAUUCUACAGAUUGCUUUGCUUUUUUAAUUUCAUGGUCAAUAACUGACCAGCACUGACAAAGUAUGAUUCCUUGAAUGUAUUUUCUGUCUGUACAUACUGCUCUGUGAAUGAUAAAUUUAAAUAAGACCAUGUUGACAAUUACUGUAAGAAUUUUUAAAUAAAUAAUUGUAGAUUAUGUAA